AUGGUGAGUUUUGGGCGGUUGUGGUCGAGGAGUAUCGACCUAUGGGUUAGGGCGGUUCUAAAGGAUCUUCAGCGGCGUCGCAUCAGGGCUCUACUAAGGAUACUUACAACUCUUUCAGACCUGAAAGGCUUUAGAGCCCUUUGUCAGGCGAUUAUUCACUGUCGCGGCGACCUUAGCGACCCUGUGAUUAGUCUGCUGUUACGCCUCUGCGAGUUUUCCCAUUGUGAAGUGGACAGUGAGCCUUCGUACGUAACAGAGCACUCCACCUUGCAGAAUACGACCGAUCAGUGUGAAGAGGAGUGCCCUAGCCAACCUAGAGAGCAGGAACGCUUAGACCCAUCUCGUAUUUUGAGUCGGUGCAUCCUUGCAACGUUGACACCAACUUUACUCCAUGUGUUACUUAGUCGCCGGAAGGAGUCUAUGCGUUCACAAGGUAUUUGGCACUGUUAUUCAGCUAUAACAGAUGAUAUUACGACCUUCCUUGAAAGCACUGGCGGUGGUUCCAUGCCUAGCACCAUUCGAUGCUGGAGUGGUGUGACCCGUCUACGUUCCAUUCGUGCUUUUCGACCGCGUCCGAUUCUUUUAGGACUCAGCGCUUCAGAUUCACUAGAUUAUGCCCUUUUAAAGUCGAAAGGCAUAUCGUCUCUACUUCGUCAGGUGGAUUUGUCUGAGAGCCAUCGUGAGACCGAGAUCGUGCAACGAGUAAAAGAUUCAGAAGUUGGGAAUGCUAACCCAGUGGAUAAUACAUCUGGUCUAAAGGCUGUGAUAAUAUCCAUUUCCAACUUAUGUACCGUCAGGGAGCCACCUGUCGUUCCUUCUUCUUUAUAUGAGCUCUAUGAGCAUAUGCAGAAUGACGCAGGUCCGGUGAGCUCAAGAAUAGAGAAUGCAGUUGUCUAUCUACAGCGCCUUCGUCUUCUCGACCUCGAACACAAGACCAACCGUAGUCAGGUAUUACGCGAAGCUGCGAAAGAUUACGCAUCCCUAAGGCAGAGCUGCGAUCGUCCUAUCGACGUCCCUUUACAUGAGACUGGGAUAUGGAGCAACCUGAAGAGAAUGUUUCGGAUAAAAUCAGUUGAGUCGAACCAACGGUUACCUAGCUUUAAAACUAGGAAGCCGGGAUCAAUUUUGGUUCGUAGUCCAUUAUGCCAGCCAGUUGACGACAGGCAGACAUCGCUUUUGUUUGGCCGUUGUUUGUUAUUUUGCAGUGGUUACAUAAAUGUUUUUUCAAAGGUGUACAAAGCAGUUCAACACGCGUCAUCAGCUGCUACUACGUCUCGCCACGACCGUUUGUUGCUACUGGCGGCUAGAGCAAUGUUGCUCAACUUCCGAGAUCAGGUCUCAUUUGCUAAUAAGCGUACGCUUAAUCUCAAUCCCCCUCUAAUGGUCUACUACACGUUUUUGAGAGUAGUUGAAGCUGCGUGUCAUGAAACAUUUUUUGCAAUCACACCUAAGUCGUUGUACCCGCCGACGAAGUUGGCGAUUGAAUGGGUGGCAAAUGCCAUGUUUGCUUAUUGCAAUAGUGGAAAUUGCACUGCUUAUAAAACAUCUAAGUCAGCUGCUAGAAAAUCUGAUGCAAGCUCAAAUGCGUCUGUUUCAACAAAAAGUACCGGAGAUACGUCUGUUACUGAACCGCCUGCUGCUGCUGUGUUUCCUGCAGCAUCUACCAAAAUUAGCGUUAGUGGGAAAAGUCUCGGAGCGGUUUUAGCUAAUAGACGUGAAAUAGUGGAAUCGUUAUCGAAAAUUAGUGGAAGGCGUAUUCAUUUGUCUGAAGGGAGUGCGUUAUCUAUAUUGCGUGCGCACGCUGUUGUAUUCAAGAUAAAUUUCGACCAUCUCCGUGAAGCCUUUAGACAGAUCGAAGAAGCAUUCAGGAUUCUAUCGUUUCAUAAGAAGCGUUCUCUUUCAUCAAGGGUAACAAAGGAGUAUAUUGUUGACCGUGUUGGUGAUGUAUUUUCAGGUCGUCUGGCAUUGCUUCCGGGAGACACUCACCGUUCAUUUUACCGUUUGCUUGUGCCAUUUGCCCUGUAUACGUACGCUGAAUGCGUUUUUACAACGUUAUCGGAGCGUGUAUGUCACGAUAUGUACCCAAGGGCUUUCUGGGUCGCGAGAAGUCACAUGUCCCUGCUUAGUUGUCGUCUUCGUGGCAGGAUUCCUGAUUUGCAUUUGUAG